UUGACGUUCGUAGUCUGGAGCUGGAGUCAGAUCCUGGAUGGACGGAGGAGGAGAGUCUGACCGGAGGAGACAGGAGGAGGGAGGAGAACGAGAAGGAGGAGGUGAAGACGGGAGGAGGAAAGAAUCAGACAACUCUGAGUCUGAGGGAGGCGCAGGCCGUGCUGCUGAGGAAGACUCUGUCCCGAGGAGGAAAAGGAGACAAGAUGGCCGCCCUGCUGAUGAAACACAUAGAGAAGGAGAGGAAGAGGCUCUCCUCCUCCUCCUCCUCCUCCUCCUCCUCCUCCUCCUCCUCAGCGACCACCAGCGUGAAGUCCUUCCACACCCAGCGAGGCCGCUACACCGUCCACAUCAGCGCCCCCACUGCUGAUGGACAGAACGGAGGAGGAGGAGGAGGAGGAGCAGGAGGAGCAGGGGCGGAGAGGAUCAAGGUGAUGUUCACGCCGACCAUCUGCAAGGUGCGCUGCAGCCAGGGCCGAUGCGUCAACUACUGCCAGAGCGGGAACAUGACCACGCUGUACAGCAGCGCUGACGGAGGACAGGGACCCAGAGACGGACCCCACGGACCGGGCUUCAGAGUCUUCCUGUGUCCUCUGCUCUGUAAGAAUGGAGGAGUGUGUCUUCAGAAGGACCGAUGUCUCUGUCCUCCGUCCUUCACCGGGAAGUUCUGCCACAUCCCCACCUCCUCCUCGCCCUCCUCCACCAAUGAGAUCGUCAAGCCUGUGCUCCUCCCCUCCAUGGCGGCCAAUCAGGAGCUGACGCAGUCUGAGUUCCUGCUGCCGCUCGGACCGAACCAGGACUCGAUCAGACCUGAUGCCUCGGGUCCGUCCAUGGUGAAGGUCCGAGUGCAGCACCCGCCAGAGGCCAGCGUGAAGAUCCACCAGGUGUUAAAGGUGUCUGGCUCCAGCCCCACCCUGUGGACUGUCUCCUCCUCCUCCUCCUCCUCCUCGGGGUCGGCGGGGGCUCCAGCUCCGGCUCCAGGUCCAGUUCCGGGUCCGGUCACAGAGCGAGUGGUGGCCCAGACUCUGAGGGGGGGCAGCACCUACACCCAGCAGUCCGGCUUCAAGUACUGCUUCAGAGAGAUCAAAGACGGACAGUGCAGCGCUCCACUUCCUGGUCUGAGGAGCAGAGACAUGUGCUGCAGAGGUUUGGGAAAAGCCUGGGGCAUCACGGACUGUGUCCUCUGCCCCGACAACACAGGUCAAAUCAGCAGCAACUGUCCCGUUGGGUUUGAACAAGCUAACGGAACUCAGUGCGUCGAUGUGAACGAGUGCCUCCAGCCCGGGUUGUGUGAGAACGGAGUGUGUGUGAACACCAGGGGGAGCUAUAGCUGUGUUUGUAGGUUGGGGUUCAUCCUUGAUGCUACACAUGGAAUCUGCAUCUCCCAGAGCGUGAUAUCUGAGGAGAGGGGUCAGUGCUACCGGGUCCUGGGUUCUGGUUCUGGCCCGUCCUCCUGCUCCCUGCCCAUCAUCAGGAACAUCACCAAGCAGAUCUGCUGCUGCAGCCGCGUGGGGAAGGCCUGGGGACCGGACUGUCUCCGCUGUCCCUACCUCGGCUCAGUGGCCUUUAAGGAGAUCUGUCCAGCUGGUCCUGGGUACCACUACUCCCCCUCCGCCCUCCAGAUCAACCAGAGGGUCAGUGAAGACCUGCUGCCCCGAGGAGUCCUGGACCAGCUGGGUUCUGAUUCUGGGUCCAGUAGCAGUGGAGCCUCCAGGUCUCAGCAGAAACCACCGUCCUCCGGUACCAGCUCUUCAUCAGCUGAUUCCAGACCCAGUCCACCUCAGUCUCAGGCUCCUCCCCCUCCUCGUCCUCAGCCUCAGGCUCCUCCCCCUCCUCCUCCUCGUCCUCAGCCUCAGGCUCCUCCCCCUCCUCGUCCUCAGCCUCAGGCUCCUCCCCCUCCUCGUCCUCAGCCCCGUCCAGCCGGAGGUUCUUCCUCCUCCAGACCGGUCCAGCCUGCUCUCACCGGCCUCACCACGGCCUCCCAGGGUAGAACCGGUCCUUCCUCAGCAUCACAACCCAGACCUCAGCCUCCGUCGACAGGAAGUCAAGCAGGGGCCCGGUCCUCCUCCGGGUCAGGCCCCGAUCAACCAGCAGCCAGGGGGGACGCCCUCCCUGUUCCGGCUCAGCCACGAGUCACCGAACGGGGGUCGAGUCCCAGCUCAGAGGCUCCUCCCCCUCCUCAGAGUAGACCGGCCACGCCGAGGCCAACACCCCGACCCGGCAGAGUCCAGGCAGUGCGUAGUGUGUGUGCGAGCCGGCCAGGUGUGUGUGGGCGUGGCCGCUGUGUGGACCAACCAGGUGGGAAACACACCUGUGUGUGUGAUCAGGGAUUCCAGCCAAACACUCAGCGAACUCUCUGCCAAGAUGUGAAUGAGUGUGUGCAGUCUCCAGGUGUGUGUUCAGUGGGAGAGUGUGUGAACAGCGUUGGCAGCUACAGGUGUGUUUGUCCGUCUGGAUACAGGAGCAACAACCAACAGACCAGCUGCACAGACAUCGACGAGUGUCAACAGAAUCUCUGCAGCAACGCUCGCUGUGAGAACACGGCCGGCAGCUACAGGUGUGUCUGUCACCUCGGCUACAGAUUCACCGGCAACACCUGCACAGAUGUGGACGAGUGUGUUGAUCCUCUGCAGUGUCCAGGUCAGGAAUGUAUCAACAGUCCAGGAUCCUACCGAUGUGUUUCCUGCCAACCUGGAUACGGGCUGCUCAACGGCCUCUGUACAGACAUCAAUGAGUGUCGGUCUCCGUCUCCGUGCUCCACCGGUCACUGUGAAAACACACCUGGCAGCUACCGCUGUGUCUGUCGCCAUGGAUACAAGCUGCACAACAACACCUGUACAGAUGUGGACGAGUGUCUGGAGCCGUCCCAGUGUCCUGGACAGAUGUGUGUGAACUCUGUGGGGUCGUACAGAUGUGUCUCAUGUCGGUCUGGAUACACACUGAUCAACAGACAGUGCACAGACAUUGACGAGUGUGCGACGUCUCGGCCGUGUGAGUCGGACCACGUGUGUGUGAACACGGUGGGUUCGUUCAGGUGCGACUGUCCCCCCGGGUAUCGAACCUUCGGCCUGAGCCGACAGUGUAGAGACGUCAACGAGUGUCUGGAAGGAGACUUCUGCUUCUCCAGAGGAGAAUGUGUCAACACUCCUGGUUCCUACACAUGUGUCUGUUCUCAGGGAUUCACUCUGAGCGACAACAGGACGUCCUGCGUGGACGUAGACGAGUGUGUGAAGUCGGGCGUCUGCUCAGACGGUCGCUGUGUGAACACUGAAGGAUCCUUCCACUGCCAGUGUGAGACCGGCUUCACCAGCAGCCCAGAGAGGACGGCCUGUCUCGACGUGGACGAGUGUGUGUCCUCUGGAGGUUCUGUCUGUGGUUCUCAGAGCUGUGAAAACACCAUCGGUUCCUAUCGGUGCCGUGCGUCCUGUGAGCCGGGGUACCAGGAGUCUGAGAGGGACGGGUGUGUGGACGUGGACGAGUGCUCCAGUGGGACGCUGUGUGGACAGAACUCCGUCUGUCAGAACCUUCCUGGGUCGUAUCGCUGUGUCUGUGACCAGGGCUUCACGUCCACGUCCACGUCCACGGGGACGUCCUGCACAGAUGUGGACGAGUGUGGUUCUGACCCGGGUCCGUGUGGUUCUGCUCGGUGUGUGAACUCUGAAGGAUCCUUCCUGUGUCUCUGUGACGGCGGGAGACACUUUGACCCCGGAGCCAGACGCUGUGUCCACAACGUCCUCCAAGAAACACCGAGAGUUCACUCCUCCUCCUCCUCCUCCUCCUCCUCCUCCUCCUCCCUGUCCCCGGUGCUCCUCCCCCUCCCGCUGCCCGUCCCUGGGGAGCUGAGGGAGUGUUACUAUAACCUGGCUGAGCCUGGAACCUGCAGCCUUCUGGCCACAAACAGCAGCCAGCAGGAGUGCUGCUGCACGGCGGGGGAGGGCUGGGGGCUGGGCUGCCAGUUCCACCUGUGCCCCCCCGCGGAUACAGCUGAGUUCCUGUCUCUGUGUCCCAGUGGGAGAGGAUACGUCACAUCUGGACCUGGAGCCUUCAGCUACACAGAUGUGGACGAGUGUAAACGUUUCCAGCCGGAGGUUUGUAAGAACGGAGUGUGUGUGAACAACAUCCCUGGAUACAGCUGCUACUGCUCCAGCGGAUACGUGUACAACAGCACCCUGCUGGAGUGUGUGGAUCAUGACGAGUGUGAGGAGGAAAGUUGUGUUGGAGGAGUUUGUGUCAACACCAUCGGUUCCUAUUACUGCAGCUGCAAAUCUUGGUUGAUGGAUGCACACACGACUGUGUCAACUCCUGCCCUCCUCGGCGAUGAGAACCUGUCCGUGUGCUGGCAGCACGUCUCUGCAGAGCUGCUGUGUCAGAGUCCGUUACUUGGAGCUCAGGUCACGUUCACCGACUGCUGCUGCCUCUAUGGGGAAGGAUGGGGAAUGGGCUGCGCUCUGUGCCCCCCCACCGACUCCGGCGACUACGCGACUCUCUGCAGCUCCUUUCCUCCGUCUCUGUUCAUGGAAAACUUCCCGGACUCUGAUUCAGAAGCAGGAGGACGAGGAGGAGGAGGACGAGGAGGAGCGAGCGCUCCUCCUCGUCCGUCCCCCUUUGGUCGGGACUUCGUGCCUGGGAGGGACUUCAGCCGUCUGGACUAUGAGGACUACUUCCUAGCGGGGGGCAGCAGGUCUGGUUUUGGAGGCAGGACCCCGUCCACCUUCGACCUGCCGGUGGAGUCCUACGGUAGACCCGAUUACAGCACUGGGUUCUACUCGGAGGGAGACUACAGCGCCCCCGAUGCCUCCGACCCCAGGACUCCGUCCUUCCGCCUCCCUCCCGACCCCCGAGCUGAGAUCUCCUUCGGGGCCCGGCCUCCUCCUCCAUCCAGGCCCGAAGGUCCUCCUCUCAGCCUGGCCCCGCUACCUGGAGCCGGCUACCAGGACCAGGAGGAGGAGGAGGAGGAGGAGAGGACAUGGAGGCCAGGGCCCCCCUUUACUCCCAUCACAGAGAGGAGCAGAGGAGGAGGAGGAGGAGGAGCACCGGUCUAUGAGAGACGUUAUGAGCCGUACGCCAGUGCAGCAGAGGAUUGUGGGAUACUGCACGGCUGCGACAAUGGCCGGUGUAUUCGCGUUGCCGAGGGUUACACCUGUGACUGUUACCAAGGAUACGAGCUGGACAUGACCUCCAUGACCUGUAUAGAUAUAAACGAGUGUGAGGACAGUGUUGGUUUGUCGUUCCCCUGCGUCAACGCUCGCUGUGUCAACACCGACGGUUCGUUCCGCUGCGUCUGCAGGAGAGGAUAUAUCAUGUCCCGCAGACCGAACCACUGCGUCGCUGCUUAGACCGGACCGGACCGGACCGGGUUCCUUUAGACCAGCACAUACUGGACAUCACUGAACUCGCUUUAUUUACCAGACGUCACUAAAACACCUUGCAUUAAGCUGGGCGAGGCUAGGCUAGGUUAGCCGCGGCUAAUCCUGACUGAAGAGUCUGGUUUCAACUCACUCAGUGCAUCCAGCAUCAGUGCAGGUUCAUUUCAGGCUGUUUCCUCCCAUUAGUCCCGUCUCUAAACCAACAAUGUGCAUCACAUCUAGUUAAAUUUGAACACAGACAAUGCACAGUCUAUUUACUGGAGGUUCAUCUCCAAUAAACACCAGGAACCACAGAGGUCAGAGGUCAGAUGUUUCAUGUUUCAUGUUUUCUUUGGUAUCAGAUCAUUUCAGUAACAAACACAAACUGCUGAAACCAAAUAUUACAUAUUUAAAUGUAAGAAACUAUGAAAAUGCUUCAUGAGCAUCAGCAUAAAGUCUGAACUCUGUUUAAACUCAUAUUAUAACGAGGUUAGUGCUGGAAACAAAGCUAAACCCAAAGCUCCUGUGUUUUAUUCCUCUGACGUCUGAUGUUAUUUCUAUCAAAGAUAUUUUCAGCGUGAAACUUGUCGCAGCAGCAGAAGAAACUAGUUUAAGUGUAUUUUUGUCUUUUCGUUAGAGAACUAACCAAACAGAGAGAAGCUGAGCUCAGAUCUUCUUUCAGAUCAUCUCCGUGUUUUAAACCAGCGGUUUAUCUGGUCGGGUUCAGGACCAACACAUCAGCUUCUUUUUACCCACAAACACUGAAUAAAUUAAACAAAAAGUGCAAAUUCAAAAGGAUUCAAGUAUAAAAAAAUGUAUAGCUGAUAUUAAUAGUUUCAGAUAAUGAUUCCCAAAACUCCCAAAGUGCAUUAUUAUUAAAGAGCCAUUCACUAAUAACCAAAGUUAGCAGGUAGCUAGCGCGCUAACAGCUGAGACGCUAGUGAAGUGUUUGCUUGUAGCUUCGUUCCUCUUAUAAAAUCGUUUGUCACUGAAACACUGAGAGUUAAUUCAGUUUAAUUACCUGAUUAAAUAUUAGCUCCAAUAUAAAUGAUGAGCAAUUUAAACAGCUGAACUAUAUUUUCUGACAGCGUCUGCUAGCUAGUGACAUCCUGCUAGCUGUUAGCUGUUCGCUUAAGUACGGAAAUGUAGAGAAUUUAAGGAAGAGUUGUUUGGAUUCAUAGGAUUAAAGCCACAAAUCCACAUUAGAAAAAGAAUUAGAAUUAGAUUCAGAACCAGUUGUAUUUGACUCCGGUCACUUUCACUCUUUAAUAAGCAUAAAAAAUAAAAGUGUAAAAGAUGAAUCUUGAACCUUCUGUACCUACAACAUAAAUUAGACUUUAAGAAAUGAAAAAAUAAAGGAUCAUUAUUAUGCUUAUCAUCAUUAUAUGAGCUCUUAAUUUAUUUUAAUUGGUGAAUUAUUAUAAUCGACAUUUAUUUGUUAUCGAGCCUUAAAGCCUUAAAUAAUUAGAUUAAUUUACAACAUUUCUUACAUUUCUGAAGCUGAAACGUCUCCAUUUGAUUAUUAUGUGUUUUUAUCUUCUUAUUUGAUGCUGAUGAUGUUUUAAAGCCCUUAGUGACGUCAUAACGACUCCUGUUAAUCACAUUAUUCUGGUAAAUGUCAUGAAUCAGAAAUAGAUCGUCCUCAGGUUCAUGGACACACGUCUGUUGUUUGAUUAGUAAUUAAAGCAGCUUUAGUCUUUUUAACGUAGCGUUCGUCCCGACGCUUCGUCCACAAACACUUUUUCAUGUGAACUGCUGCAGCAGCUGAAUCAUAUCACACCAACGCACCACGUCUUCAUCCGCUGCUGAAAAUAGUCCCUGAAUCGUUUUCAUCUGGAUGUGUUUGGGAUUUUUUAUGAUUUAAAAGCAAACGUAGAAUAAGUUUCUUUUUAUAUUUUUUUUUCUUGUAUAAAUACUAAAUGUUACUGACAUGUUUGUCCUUUUCUAUAUUUUUUAUUCUCCGUGGUGUUGAACCUGUUGCUGUAAGCUGCACUCAGUGUAUAUAUUAAUUCAUUCACCCUCUCACAGAACGUCUCCUCCUCCCGUUGGAAGUAUAACAUGCACUGUAUCUCCCAGAGACCAAGAAGAUUAAUGACUCACGUUUAUAUUAUUAUUUUUUAUCACUGUUGUUUGUAAUAACAAGAAAUGAAAAUAUAUUUGCACACGUUUACUGAAA